AUGAAUGAAAUUGGUCGAAUGCGCCUUUUUAAUUCAAUAUCUCUCGUAGGCUCAGCCGUUGCUUUUGCAUUAGUUGGUUUUGUUCCAGAUGACAAACGUUUUUUAGCAGUUAUUUUAAUGACUAUAAAUUAUGUUUUUGUUUCUGCAAAUUGUGGGGGAUUUUAUAAAUGUGCAACUUUAAUUAGCCGGCAAUAUGCCCAUUUUGUUGUUGCUGGUAUACAAUUCGAAAAAUCUUUCACACUUUUUAUUUCCCCAUUAUUAUUUCUUUUAUUCGUUCAAGAUGAAAGUAAUCGAGAACAAUGGAGAAUUAUUUUUAUUGGAAUGGCUAUAAUACUUUUUGUGGCAAAUACUUUCUUUUGGUUUUUUGUAACAGACCAACCUGCAGAAUUUACUAAAAUUGUAACAAAACAAAAAUCAGAAAAAGAAUAA